AUGCAAAAUUCUGUACAAGCCCCAGUGGUUGUUAUGAACACUAACCAAGAGAGGACUACCGGUCGUGAAGCUCAGAUAUCAAAUAUCACGGCUGCCAAGGCUGUCUCAGAUGUUAUCCGUACAUGUUUGGGUCCUAAGGCUAUGUUGAAGAUGUUGCUGGAUCCAAUGGGUGGUUUAGUUUUGACCAACGAUGGACAUGCUAUUCUUCGUGAGAUUGAUGUAGCACAUCCAGCUGCUAAGUCUAUGUUAGAAUUGUCCCGUACCCAAGAUGAAGAAGUCGGUGAUGGUACUACUAGUGUCAUUAUUCUUGCAGGUGAAAUAUUAGCACAAACUGCUCCAUACUUAAUUGAAAAGAAUAUCCAUCCAGUUAUUAUCAUUCAAGCUUUGAAGAAAGCUCUAUCCGAUGCUUUAGAGGUCAUUGACGAAGUCAGUAAACCAGUGGAUGUUGAUAACGAUGACGCUAUGAAGAAUUUGAUCAAAGCUUCUAUUGGUACUAAAUAUGUUAAUUUAUGGUCAGACAAGAUGUGUGAUUUAUCAUUGACAGCAGUGAAGACUGUUCGCAUUGAUCUUGGUGAUGUUCAAGAAGGCGAACCUAGAUAUGAAAUCGAUACUAAAAGAUACGUUCGUGUUGAGAAAAUACCAGGUGGAGAAGUUAUGGACUCUUCAGUUUUGAAAGGUGUGAUGCUAAAUAAAGACGUUGUUCAUCCAAAGAUGUCUCGUUACAUUGAGAAUCCAAGAGUUGUAUUAUUAGAUUGUCCAUUAGAAUAUAAAAAAGGUGAGUCCCAAACUAAUAUUGAAAUUCAAAAGGAUGAAGAUUGGAAUAGAAUAUUACAAAUUGAGGAAGAACAAGUUCAAUUGAUGUGUGAACAAAUUUUAGCAGUUAAACCAAACGUUGUCAUUACUGAAAAAGGUGUGUCCGAUUUAGCUCAACAUUACUUAUUAAAAGGUGGUUGUAGUGUCUUAAGAAGAACAAAGAAAUCCGAUAAUAACAGAAUUGCUCGUGCAACCGGUGCUACUAUUGUCAACCGUGUUGAAGAUCUAAAAGAAUCAGAUGUCGGUACAAAAUGUGGUGUAUUUAAAGUAGAAUUAAUUGGUGAUGAAUAUUUCACUUUCUUAGAUGAAUGUAAGGAUCCAAAGGCCUGUACAAUCAUCUUACGUGGUGGCUCAAAAGAUAUUCUAAACGAAAUUGAACGUAAUUUACAAGAUGCAAUGGCAGUCACUCGUAAUGUUAUGCUAUCCCCAUCUCUAUCCCCAGGUGGUGGUGCUACUGAAAUGGCUGUCUCAGUCAAAUUAUCAGAAAAGGCAAAACAAUUAGAAGGUAUACAACAAUGGCCAUAUCAAGCCGUUGCUGAUGCAAUGGAAUGUAUUCCACGUACUCUAAUACAGAACGCAGGUGGUAACCCAAUCAGAAUUCUAUCACAAUUAAGAUCCAACCACGCUCAAGGUAAUUUCACAAUGGGUAUUGAUGGUGAUAAUGGUAAAGUAGUUGAUAUGGUCGAAUACGGCAUUUGGGAACCUGAGGUCAUCAAACAACAAAGCAUUAAAACGGCUAUUGAAAGUGCAUGUUUAUUAUUAAGAGUUGAUGAUAUUGUUAGUGGUGUUAGAGGUCAAGAACAAACCUAA